UGGAAAAAAAAAAACGAUUGUCUCCAUGUUCAAUUAUGAAACUCAAAUUAUCCGCCACUUUUUUCUUCUUUUUCAUAUCUGCAAGUACUCCAAUUCUUCAAGUAUCCAACAAUGGCGUUGGAGGAUUCAAAUUGGAAGAAAAUGAAUCACAUGUCAAAAUAUCGGACUUUCCAUCCGGGUUUCUGUUCGGAGCAGCCACUUCUGCUUACCAAGUCGAAGGAGCCUAUCUUUCAGAUGGUAAAUCAUUAAGCAACUGGGAUGUAUUUUGUCAUUCCGUAGGUUGUGGAGAAAAUGAAGAGAACGGAGAUAUUGCAGAUGAUCAUUAUCAUUUAUUCUUGAAAGACAUCGAGAUGAUGCAUUCCCUUGGUCUAAAAGCAUACAGAUUUUCAAUUUCAUGGGCUAGAAUUCUUCCAAGAGGAAAGUUUGGUGAAGUUAAUCCAGCUGGCAUCAUGUUCUACAACAAAAUCAUAGACAACCUGAUCCUCAAAGGAAUCGAGCCGUUUGUGACCCUUUUUCAUGAAGAUUUUCCUCAAGAGCUCGAAGAAAGAUACGGGUCUUGGCUCAAUCCUCAAAUGCAGGAAGACUUUGUACAUUUAGCAGAAAUAUGUUUCAAUUAUUUUGGAGAUCGAGUGAAGUAUUGGAUCACAAUCAAUGAACCAAGAUUGUUCACAGAUUUUGCUUAUGAAACGGGAAUAUUUCCACCAGCUCGAUGUUCAGAGCCUUUUGGCAAAUGUCUUAAUGGAGAUUCUGACGUGGAGCCUAUCAUUGUUAUGCACAAUUUAUUAUUGGCCCAUGGCAAGGCAGCCAAGCUAUAUCAUGAAAAUUUCCAGCCUACACAAAAUGGAUUAAUUGGUCUCGUUGCACAUUGUGACAUGUUCGAACCACUAACGAAUAGCAAGUUAGAUCGUGAAGCUGCGAAAAGAGCGUUUGCUUUCAAUGCUGGCUGGGUACUUGAUCCUUCGAUAUUUGGAGACUACCCCGAAGAAAUGUGUGAAUACCUUGGAAAUCAAUUACCAGUUUUCUCCCUUGAAGAAAAGAAUUUCAUGAAGAAUAGUAUUGAUUUUAUUGGCAUCAACCAUUACACGACUGUAUAUACUAAGGAUUGUAUGGAUUCUAGUUGCACUGCAACUGGAGUCCGUGCAAUCCGAGGUUUUCUAGACACUGUUGGAGAGCGUAAAGGCGUGUUAAUCGGUGAACUUACAGGAUUAGAAGGAAUAUAUGUUGUUCCUAGAGGCAUGGAGGAAAUUGUUGACCAUAUCAAGAUUCGGUAUAAUAAUAAACCCAUGUUUAUUACUGAAAAUGGGUAUUCUUCACCGGAUGUAUAUGAGGAACAAGUUAAUGAAAUUUUAAAUGAUGUGAAACGAGUUGAUUUUCACUCAAAAUACAUUGCUUCCUUAAUCAAGUCCAUAAGAAAGGGGGCAGAUGUACGUGGAUAUUUUGUGUGGUCAUUGAUGGAUAGCUAUGAAUGGUUGGUAGGUUAUAAUUUGAGGUAUGGAUUAUACUACGUUGACCGUCAAACGUUCAAACGGAUACCAAAACUUUCGGCAAGAUGGUACAAGAGUUUCUUAACAAAUAAUAGUAAUAUUUUGAUAAGGAAGCCUCAAGAUAGAAAAGUUUAUUUCAAAAGGAUGUCAUAAACGAUCUUAUGCAUGGAAUUUGUAUGUUGCGUCAUAGAUCUUAACCCACCUAAAUUUUCAAAUAAUAUAUUUGAAAGAUGAUUCUCAGUA